AUGAGCGUAUCGGUGGAUUUUGGUACUAGACCCUCUUCUGUAGAAGAGCUUCCUACAACCCGAAAUGAAUCUGGCGGGAAAUUAGUAGAAGAAGCAUUUGACUACUUUACCUGUAUGGAAAUCGGUAAAUCUAUUGAACAGAAAGCCGCUAAAACCAAAAAAAUCGAUGAAGAAACACUUUCUAAUGAAAUUAUUGGACAGUUCUCCAAAUUACAAGCACCAAAGGGUAAUGUUAAAUUUGGGGAUAAGGAAAUUGUGAUUUUCAAUGAAGAUGAGAGGAUAGGGCACUCCAUGAAGGCUAACUCGUCGGUUGAUAACGUUAUUCUGCCACUCCCCAUUCUUAAAAUUAGCCAGAAAGGUGCAUCUGAUAUUAAAUACAUGGAACCAGACAAUAAAAUGGCGACCCAGCAGGAAAGACUUUUUGAAGUAUUCCGUAGGUGUUAUACUCUUUGUAAUUUGCCUAUGAGUCAAUUUGACGAGAACAAUCCAUUCAAAUCAUUGAAAAAACUUUGCGAAGGUAUUAAAAAAUCUUUUAAAGCUAAAGAUGAAUGUUAUAAAUAUAUAAGGUACGAAGAGAAUAGAAGGCUCUCUCAGGAGAUUAGAAAGUUGAAAGAUACCAUUCAAGAGUUAAAGGAUGAUAGACAUAAUUCCUUGGUAUUGCUUCAAAUUAAUAAACUUCAAAAACAUAACAAUGAGUAUAGAAACGAGAUUAAGGAUUUAACCGCCCAAGUCACAAGUACAAAUUACGAAAAUUCUGAAUUGCGAUCCAAUAUUUCAGAACUUCAAACUACAAAGAACCAAUUGAUGGAAAAAUUAGGGACUGCAUUGGCCAGGUCUGUGGAGUUGGAAAAUAACCAAGAGGAAAAAAUUGAGUUGACUAAGCAAAAUACAAAAUUGAAUAAUGAUCAUGGAAAGUUGAAUGAUGAGCAUGAACGUUUAACCAAAAAGUACGAAUCACUAGAGGAAGAAUAUACAAAAGUGACCCACUCUAACGAAUCACUUACCGCUAAAGUGGAUGCUUUAACAACAACUGUGCAAGGAUGGACCCAUGAUCAUAGUGAAUUGAAAUCAGCCCAUGAUAUCCUUAAAUCUAUAAACAAAGACUUGAACAGUAAACUUUCAAAAGAAAGUACGAAUGUGGGUGAACUAGAAGCUGAAAAUUCUAAAUUGCAAAGGGAUUCGCAAGAUUCCAAAAUAGCAUUUAAGACUAAACUUCAAGAGUUAAUCGAUGAAAAUAUAGAUUUAAAAUCACAAGUGGAAAAAUGGCGAGUAGAAUUUGAACAAGUACAAACCAAAUACGAUAAAUUGAAUUUGGAACAAAGGGAAAUUGUUAAGCAACGGGAAAAAUUUCGUCGUGAUUCAGAUCAAACGUUUAAGAAAACAGUUGAAUUGCAAUUACAAUUGGAUCAACAUGUAAAAUAUAGAGAGCAAGCGAUUAAAUUCAAUGCUGAAAGAGAAGCGUGCUUGAUAACUUUGAAAAAACUAGAUUUUGAGUAUUGUCAUUUACAAAAGUCCUUUGAACAGGCGUGCGUGCAUAAUCGCGAACUCUUAGAAUUUCAACAAGCCGCCGAGCGAGUGGUACAAGAUAUGAAUUCCAAAAUUGUUAACCUAGAAAAAAGUAAGAAAACGGACGCAUUUAAGAUCGAUACACUAACACGCCAGGUUCUAAAACAAACCGAUAAACUAGAUGAAUUGCAACUACAAUUAACUUCUUGGAAGCAACGACAAAGGCUGAAUGGCAGAAAAGCCAGUGGAAAGCGCGAUAUAUUAAGAUCCCUUGCCAACACAAAGACUCUAUUAGAAGAUCCGAUGACUUUAAGUAAAAACGUUUGUUAG